CUUGAUUUUAUCAGAUGUAGCAAUGCAACCCCCUAGUUGUGCCAGGCGUGUGCCAAGCGGAUGGCAGGGAGGGGCCACGCUGGAGUUGGCUAUGCCAACGCACCGUCAACGCUCACAGCAGCGACAAUGACAGGCCAUCGCUCUCUGGCAUCAAGAGCUCCAGCGAUGGACGAAAAUAAAGCAGCCAGACCAGCCACGGGCACGCCCUUCGCACACUUUCCGGAGAAAACGGUUCCUGCAAUGGAUAUCUUUGUGACGUACGAAAGGUCGUGGAGCAUUCAGGACGCAUUGGAACAGCAUUCUGCCUUAGCAGAGCAACGUGAAGUUCUGACCGAAAUUGGACGGAACCGUCUCCGGGUGCGUCAUACGCAGCUUUCUUUCGCUGAGCUUGAGGUCGAAGAGGCUUUGGAGGCCGCGAAGACGAUGAGUGGUUUCGAUGCUGGAGAUGCUCAGAGAGUCCUGCGGAUUGCAGGUCGGCUGAAGGCUGCUGUGCGAGAUCUGCGGACUGCAUCGAGGAUGAAGCAGUUGGAGCAGGGCAUGGUGAACAAGCACUUGGCCCAAGCCGAUGCAGAGAACGAGAAAGCCCGUCUUGAAAUGUGCUCCAUCAAAGAGGUCAUCGACGACAAGUCUUUAGUUGUGGCUCUCGAUGACCCCCCACCACCAACCCCCGUUGAUGCCAAUGGGAAACCUUUGAAGCAAAGGUAUAGGUACUGCACAAACUGCAAGGUCGGGGGACACGGCCAGAGGUUUUGCGAGUACUUCCUCGAGAGACCUGAUUGGCGCAUCUAUCCCAAUCAGGAAUGGUUUAAGGAUGAAAAGGGCAAUGAAUAUCAUUGCCCUUUGGGGAAGAAGUUGGUGGAUUUUGCAGACGAGACUCACUUUAGCCGCAUUGCAAUGUAUUUGAAAGGGAGAGCUUGGCUUGAAGAGAAGACAAAGGUCUUAGACUUGGCUCCGGGAAAGAUGCCGGACACGUACAUUAUCGAAAAUGGGCAGUGGAGAGGCGCUGUUCCCCCUUCCGACGAUCAGGUCACUGAUCUUCCUUGGUUCGUCAAGGAAGCAGAUCGGAAUUGGGGUACUUCUAUCCAUGUGUGUGCCAAACCGUCAGCUUGCCUCAAUCUCGUCAAGUCUGAGCCUUAGUGGCCACUAAAGUGGCCCCUUGUGGCCUUGCUUUCUGGUGGAACUCUGCAGCAGUUUCACCGAGCGUUUCACCCUGCCGAGCUCCUGCUGGGCUCCUGCCGGGCUCCGCCCGGAAUUCAGGCCUACGGGAGUCUAUGUGGUGCAACCACACAUCAAGGACAAAGAUAGAGAUAGAAUGA